UAGAUCUUUUGACCAUCAUUAAUAUAACCAAGAGGUCGCUACAAACGUUAUAUAUAUGUAUAUAUAUUAUGCUUGCCACAUGAAUUUAAUGGUGGUAGAAUGAGAGAGAGUAGAUAUUUUAAUUAAUAGAAAACGAGGAAAUAAUUUUCUGAUUAUUUGCAAAGUAUUAGCGCAUAUUCCAAAUGAGUACCGUCGAGUAUGGUUUCCCGACGAUUGGCGGAUUAAUGCCGCAAAUACAAGCUCUCAUAGCACCACCAGUAUCCGAAGAUUCCAAGGCAGCUAAAACAAAGAAGGAAAAGGAAGAGAAGAAGCAUCCAUACUUCAAGAGAAGAGGUCGUGGUCACAAUCGUGAUUUCUGUGAUGCUUGUAGAGAUGGCGGAGAGCUCAUAUGUUGCGACAAAUGUCCAGCCUCCUAUCAUUUACAAUGCCACUAUCCUGCAGUGGAUCCUACAGAUAUUCCUAAUGGAGAAUGGUUGUGUUAUGCCUGCCGUUGUGCUUCUAAAAGAGAACUUUUGGAUAGUAAAGGAAAUGAAAAAAAGAAAAAAUCUGCAUUGGAAGUACUAGCAUUGGCGGCUUCUCUAGUAAACCCAAGAGAAUUUGAGUUACCCAAGGAGUUACAAUUGCCUAUAAUGUUUCCUGGAAGUAAUAAAAUGGAUUAUGUAUCUGGCAGAAGAGGUAAACAGUUUAGUUCGUCAUAUAAUAAUGUUGGAAAAAGUCACUGCUUGGAUAGCAACUUAAUGGUUCCAUUGCCAGCCCGUCUAUGUUUUGAAUGUGGACGUAGUUGUAGGAAGGCUCCAUUAAUCGCAUGUGACUAUUGUCCAUUAUAUUUCCAUCAGGAUUGUUUAGAUCCCCCACUGACUGCCUUGCCUAUUGGCAGAUGGAUGUGUCCCAAUCAUCCGAAUCAUUUCAUAGAUCAGAAUCUGUUAACUUCUUGCAGAGUGACAGAACGCAUAAAACUCUGGGACAAAUAUGCCAAUCAACCAAUAGAUCAACAUGCAGUAAAACUAGAUUUUUUGCGUAAAGCACGCACUGCCAAUCCAUUAUUUCGCACAAAGGUGAGACUAGAAGGUCGUCCAAGAAUAAAAGUUCCUUGCAGUGUAAAGUUCCAUUAUGAGAAUCCACCACAAUUAGAUCCUGUACAGUUUUCUCAAGACAAUCUUAUAUGGCCUGUAAAAAAUACUGUAGACAGAGAUGAGCAACGUAGAGAUUCUGAAAAGGCAGAUAAUAGCAAUGAUAAUUGUAUAGAAAGUGAAGAAAUGGAAGAAACCAUCAAAGUGAAAGAAGAAAAAGAGGGACAUGAAACAGUCUCAGAUGAGGAAUGCGAUCGACAUGAAGUAUCAGGUGCAAACGAAUAUAUGAAUAUAGCAGACAAGAUCGUGAUAGAUAGUUCCAAGGAAUGUAAUAACCUUGAAUUUCAUGCAAGGUAUUGUGGUUAUAAUAUUAAAGAAGGUGUCCAAUUAUUAGAAAGACCAGUAUUGGAAGCAUUAGCGCGGCAGAGAUUAGAACAGAUAUUAAAUCCAGAUGGGGAGAGUUAUGAAACAAUAAAUUGUCAUAGAAGAGCAAGAGCCGUAUUAUUUUCUUUAAGCCCUAAGCCUAAUCCACCAGCUUUCAUAACUCAUAAAACCUUUGUUAUUGGCAAUGGCCCCAAUUGUGACUUAGUUUUAUCCAAUUACGGUAAUUGUGGAUUUACAUCCUCUAAACAUGCAAUUAUAUUUUUCGAUGAGGCGACUAAGCGUUUUGAAUUGCUCAAUUACAGCGAAUAUGGAACAAUAGUGGACAAUGUGCUGUAUUCCUGCGAUUAUACUCACGAUUUAGAAGAACAAGUAAAAGAGGAAAAACCUAAUAAAGUAACAAGUGUCACUAAGGAGGAAGAAACCUCAGAAAUAAUAAAGACAAUUCUACACAAGAAGGAAACAUCUUGCUUGCAAGAACAUGCACAUAAGAAUGACAAAAUCUUGUGCAAAUGUAAUGCAAAAUAUGAUACAAGAACCGCCGAACAUUUAGAGGAAGGAUGGGAGGGAAGUGCAAUUAUUGCACAUGGCUCGACUAUUAUUUUUGGUUGCCUCAUGUUUGUAUUCAAUACAUUGAAUUUAUAUGUAGACAGAUAAAAAUAUUUCCAAA